GAUCCAAACCGCGAGGUACGAAUGCAGCUGCGGCCGAAAAUGGUUUGUUUAUAUUUUUUAGUAACAUGGGAAGCAUUGUAUUCAGAUGGCAACUUUGUCACAGAAUACGUUCAACUGUGCGUUUGAGAGUGGUUUCUGCGGCUGGACGCAACCCACGGAUGACGAUGGCAACUUUGAUCGAAAGCAGGGACCCACGCACACAGCCAAUACCGGACCAGCCUUUGACCACACCACAGGGACCGGCUAUUACGCCUUCAUGGAGGCCACCGGGAAGAGUUGGAGCGACAAGCUUCGACUCGUCAGUCAGGACGUGACCAUCACACCAACCACCGGGGUGAAAUGCGUCCGAUUCUGGUACCACAUGUUUGGCACCUUCAUAGGUUCGCUCCGCGUGUACCAGUCCAGCGACGGCGCGGCCGGUAACCUAGGCUCGGCCAUCUUCCAGCAGUCCGGCAGCAAGGGGGACCAGUGGCUGGAAGCGGCGCUAGACGUGACAUCGCCUACCACCCCCUUCAAGAUGGUCCUGGAGGUGCAGCGGGGCUUGCUGGACACCAGCGACAUCGCUCUGGAUGACGUGGAACUCUUGGACGGUUACUGCCCGCAAGUGGUGAUAACGCCCACCCCUGGCACCAUUCCCUCGCAGCGGGAGUGCGACUUUGAGGACCCCACCAUCUGCGGUUUCAUCCAAGACCAAUCCGACAACUUCAACUGGAAAAGGACAAAAGGGCCGGCCUCGUCCGGCAAUACGGGGCCUAAGAUUGACCACACCACUAACACGGCCGCAGGCUACUACAUGUACAUCGACUCCCAAAACCGCCAAGUCAACGACGUGGCCCGCCUAGCCACUCCUUCUUUCCCCGCCACAAACGGCGAGUGCCUGGAGAUGUACUUCUACAUGUACGGCGCCAACGUGGGCACGCUCAACAUCUACAUCGUGGAGCAAGGCGGCGACGUCACCAAGCAGAUCCCUGAUUGGACGCGGAGUGGUAACCAGGACGACAAGUGGUUGAUCGCGCGCAUGUCGGCCUCCACGUCGCUGGAUUACCAGGUGGUGUUUGAGGCCACCGUGGGCGGGACCUCCUUGGCCGUUAUCGCGAUCGACGAUCUGCGCGUUGUGACCGGAGCCUGCCAGACUCACGGGGAUUGCAGCUUUGAAAACAACGACUUGUGCGGUUGGUUCCAGGAUUCCAUCGACCAACUCGAUUGGCUGGUAAAAACUGGAGCCUCUGGAAGUGGACCUGACAAAGACCACACGACCCGCAAUAACACCGGCUGGUACAUCUACCUAGACGCAGCCAACGCCCAGGCUAAUAAUGAGGCCUACUUGACCAGGUACCAGAGCGGAGUGGCAGAUCCCUCCACCCUCCGCUGCCUGACGUUCUGGUACUACAUGAAGGGAUCCAACGCGGGCGAACUGGCCGUCAAACGGGAGCAGGGCCCCACCACCGACACGGUCUGGAAGCUGUCGGGCAACCAGGGCUCCACUUGGAACUUCGGACAGAUCGCCAUCCAGCAAGCUUCCUUCUAUUACUUAAUAAUCGCCGGUAAAGUCACCUCUACUCUGAACGUGGACAACGACAUUGCCGUCGACGACGUCAUCCUCACUGACAACUACUGCCAAACUAUACCCGCUGGGGCUGGGGUCGGACCGCCAAUCACCCUGCAACCACCCACGACCGGCCCACCGGUAGUCAUACCCGCGGGACCGGCUAACUGCGAUUUUGAGACGGCAGGUACAGCCUGCAGUUACAGCCAGGAUCAAAACGACGACUUCAACUGGAAAUUCAUCCAGGGGCCCGCCUCGACGUCUGGCACCACGGGACCCAAGUACGACCACACCAAGAAAGAUGCAACUGGCUACUACGCCCUCGCGGACGCCACGGGUAACACAAACAAGAAAGCCCGCCUGAUCAGCGGAGACCUCGCCAACCCGGCCGGGUCCGACAACUGCCUGACCUUCUGGUACUACAUGUACGGCCAAACGGUCGGGUUCCUGAACGUCUACCUACAGCAGGGCAGCAGUCUGGGCAAGGCCUAUUGGGUGCGGACGGCCUCGCAGGGCGAGCACUGGAUCUUGGCGACGAUCGAGGUUGCCAAACUCACCCAGUCGUACAAGGUGGUUUUUGAAGCUGAGAUUGGAAAGACACAAAGCAGCGAUAUUGCCAUCGAUGAUAUAAUGGUGGACGGAAAGUCAUGCCCCAUCCCCACAAAAACGCCGGGCUCCUCCCCGCUAUCCUGCGACUUUGAGCAGGGCUUCGUACCCUGUGGCUGGGCGCAGGAAGAUUCCACCUCGGGCAACGACAACUUCGACUGGGGACUGGGCUCAGGCGACACUGUGACCUUUGGUACCGGACCGGCCACGGAUCACACUCUGGGAACUGGAAGCGGCCAGUACCUGUACAUCAACGCCGAUCCCCAGAAGGACGGAGACAAAGCCUGGAUCAUGACAGGGACCUUCCUGGCGGCGCAGGGCCACUGCGUGGAGUUCUACUACCACAUGAGGGGCCAGCACAUCGGCAGUUUCAAUGUCUUCAUCAAGGAGAACGACAAGUAUUCCCACAACUACUUCAGCAUUAACGGCAAUCUCGGCGACAUUUGGAACAUUGGCCGGUUCCCCUUCGUUACGUUCAAUGACUACCAGAUCGUAUUUGAGGCCACUGUGGGUAAUGGGGACCAGGGAGACAUUGCCAUCGACGACGUGCAGAUCUUCUCCGGGACUUGUCCACCAGUCGACAGCUGCAAUUUUGACGACGCCAGCGGUUGCACCUGGGUGAAUGACUUGACGUCGGACGAAUUUGAUUGGAUCGACGGUGCCGGGGGCACGCCCAGUUCCAACACGGGACCAUCAGUUGACCACACCUAUGGAACAUCAACAGGUGUCUACAAGUACAUCGAAGCAUCUUAUCCGAGGAAGCAAGGGGAGCGAGCCAUCUGGAAGUCCCAGGCCCUACCCCCGACCUCUCCCACGGGCCGCUGCCUGACCUUCUGGUACCACAUGUACGGCAACAACAUCGGCAAGCUGCAGGUCCUCACCGAGAACCCAGCCGACGGCCUGACCACCCUCUUCUGGGAGCUGGACACCGCCUUUGGCGACGUUUGGUUGGAGGGUCAGUUGCCCGUCUCCAACCCUAACGCGUAUAAGAUGCAAUUUAGGGGCAUUAUUGGAGGAAGUUACGACGGCGAUAUCGCGCUGGAUGACAUCGAGUUCAAAGAAACCCUGUGUGGAGUUCAACCCAGCGCCGCUGAUCAGGGGGCGACUUUGCCAACUCACCCACCUCCGCCAACGACCGUCUGGCCCACGAGUUACGAUUGCGACUUUGAACAAGAUCUGUGCCAAUACACCGACGCAACCGACGAUGAUUUUGAUUGGACGAGAGACAACGGCGGCACGUCUUCCUCAAGCACAGGCCCUUCAGUGGAUCACACCCUGGGAACCAGCGCUGGUUAUUACGUCUACAUCGAGGUGUCGGGAAAACCGUCCGGCUACAAAGCCCGACUGGAGAGCCCGGCCAUUACGGCCUCGCAGGCCACCUACAAAUGCGUGACGUUCUGGUUCCACAUGUACGGCGACCACGUGAACCAGCUGAACGUCUACGUCAAGGACUCGACCGGCAGCUCGCUGGAGUGGACGCGCACGGGUACCAGGGACGACAACUGGUACCUGGGCGACAUCAUGGGUAUACCGUCCAUGCCCAUUCAGAUUGUCUUUGAAGGCAUCGUCGGCAGCAGCUUCAGAGGGGACAUAGCUCUGGAUGACAUCACGGUUACCAACGGAUUGUGCCCAGUGCGGGACCUGUGUGAGUUUGAGGACGCCCACUUUUGCCAGUACACGCAGGAAACAGUGAACGACGAUUUUGAUUGGCUGCAGCGGAGCGGCCCGACCCCGACCGGGAAUACCGGGCCAACAACCGACCACUCGUAUCAGACCAGCGCCGGCAAGUACAUGUUCGCAGAAGGCCAGGGCAACAUCGGUAAGAAGGCCUGGUUUAUCUCCCCGGAGUACCAGAUCACGCCCGGUAUCAACACCCACUGUUUCUACUUCGAUUAUCACAUGUACGGAGACCAGAUGGGAACGCUGAACAUCAGGUCCAAGACCUUCAACACCGACACACUCCGCUGGACCCAGACGGGCGACACGGGCAACCAGUGGUAUAAGGAAUACUUCGAAGUCACCGAAGUCUUGGCCUUCAGGCUCAUAUUUGAGGCUGUCAUCGGCUCAGGACCCCGCAGUGAUAUCGCCAUCGACGACGUCUACCACACUACCGGGAGCUGUCCAAUAAAUACAUUCUGUGAUUUUGAGUCCGGCCAGUGCGAUUGGACCAACGACCUGAACGACAAUUUUGAUUGGGUGAUCCUGCAGGGGUCAACGGACUCCUCUUUCACGGGGCCCUCCGUUGACCACACCCUCGGCACAAAUAACGGGUACUACAUGUACAUCGAAACCUCGAGUCCGCGGAGAGACGGGGAGGUGGCGCGCUUGCGCAGUGCCAUUCAGCAGGCCAAUGCCACCGCCACCUCCAGCUGCUUCGACUUCUGGUACCACAUGUACGGCAGCGACAUCGGCGUGCUGAAAAUCUCCUACGCCACAAAGGUUGGCACGUCGGCCGAGACCACCGAGAUGAAAUGGGCUCUCUUCGGCCAGCAGAGUGCGGACGGCACAGACUGGCUGCACGGCCACUUCACUGUGCCGGAGACGGAGAAAUACCAGAUUUUGAUCGAAGGCGUGGUGGGCGGCAGCUACCAAGGCGACAUUGCCAUCGACGAUUUGAUGUUUGCGAACGACGCCUGCUCAGUCAUGCCAAGCACAGCGGACCCAGCACUGUACAUCGGCAACGUCUCCUGCGAUUUUGAAACCCCGCUCUGCUCUUGGAAUGACGACCUCUCGGCCGAUUUCACGUGGACGAGACAAGUCGGAGGAACGCCAUCGUCUGGCACGGGGCCAAACGGCGAUCACACCACCGGAAUUGGGCAUUACGUCUUCAUUGAAAGUUCGUCCCCUAGACAGCCAGGCGACAGGGCCCGCUUGAUUUCCGGCGAGGUCACGCCCCCUAGCCCAGCUCAGCCGGUCUGCCUGGAGUUCUACUAUCACAUGUUCGGCACGGGCGUCGGUACCUUGAACCUGUUCACCAGGGUCGGCACCACGGACACAGCUCGGUUUAGCCGGUCCGGUACCCAGAGCGGGAACCAGUGGCACCGAGCGACAAUCUCCAUGACGUUGUCAACGAAAUACACCCUCGUGUUUGAAGGCAUUCGUGGGAGUUCCUUCUCCAGCGACAUCGCCAUAGACGACAUACUCUACACGGAGAGCGACUGCCCACCGAGACGGACUUGCACUGUGGAGUUGGACUCCUGCGGACUCACGCAGGACAGCACCGACGAUUUUGAUUGGUCGAGAGUUCAGGCCUCGGUGCUGGCUGCAUCGUCUGGUCCCCACGUGGACAAAUCAACAGGAACGGCAAACGGUUAUGUGAUGUACCUGGACCCUACUCAGGGUACCGUCAACCAGCGUGCCGUCAUGUCCACCGGGCAAUUCGACCCCAACCCCUUCGGCGAGUGCGGCACCUUCUGGUACCACAUGCACGGCCAGAACGCCGGUACCCUGACCAUCCGGGAGGACGCGUACAACACCGUCUUGUUCACCAGGACCGGGAACCAGGGAAAUAUGUGGCGCUUUGGCGCCGCUUCCGUCAACGCCACGACCACCAAGUACCGGCUCAUGAUUGAAGGCACGCACGGAGCAGGGAGCACGGAUCAUAUCGCUCUGGAUGACUUCGAUAUCCGUGCGGGCCCUUGCGACCCACAAGGUUAUUGCGACUUUGAGCGCAACAUGUGCGGCUGGACCAACGAGCUGCAGAAGGACGACUUUGACUGGGUUCGAACCAGGGGCCAGGACGCCACGCAUUAUCUAUCGCCCUCGCAGGACCACACCACGUUGACUGCUCAAGGAUACUACAUGUUGAUUGAGGGCACGCAGCUUCCCAGCGGAAAGAAGGCAUGGCUUGUCAGCGAGCACCUCCCCAAGUCUGACCCCGCCUGUCUGACGUUCUGGCUGUACAUGCACGGAUCCGGCGUCGGCACCAUCAACAUCUACGUGAUGGACCCAACCUCCUCGACCAAACAGAACAAGUUCACGUCCACGGGGGAGCGCGGCAACUUCUGGCACGAGAUCCAGGUGGACGCGGCCAGCAGCAUCGAGCACCAGAUCGUCGUCGAGGUCAUUGAGGGCACCAACAACAACGCCACCGUGGCCAUUGACGACGUGACCUUUGACCAGGUCACUUGCAGAGGUACUACCUUCGGCUGCGACUUUGAAGCGGGCAUGUGCGGCUACACUCAGCCGCAGUUUGACGACUUCGAUUGGACGAGAGACACCCAGACUCCCUCCACGGAUACAGGGCCGAGCUCCGAUCACACCAUCGGGUCAGGUGCUGGCUACUUUGUCUAUUUGGAGGCCUCGUGGCCGCGCCAGGCCGGCGAAAAGGCCUACCUGGUCAGCCCCAGCGUCCAAUUCGACAACUCCAAGUGGUGCGUGGACUUCUGGUACCACAUGUACGGUGACGACAUCGACACGCUCAACGUGUACGCCAACGCCAGCAAGGGGCUGGGCACCCCGAUCCUGAAGCGGACGGGGACCAGGGACGACAGCUGGUACCGGGCCCAGGCGGAGCUGGCGCAGCCCACCGAGGAUUUCCAGUACGUGUUUGAAGGCGUCGUAGGCAGCAGCUACGAAGGUGACAUCGCCCUGGACGACAUCAGCGUCUACAAGGGAGAUUGUGAAGCCACCCACUACUGCGAGUUCCAGGACGCUAAUAUCUGCGGCUACACCCAAGACAUAACGGACGAUUUUGAUUGGACUUGGUACAAAGGAUCGACCCCUUCGUUCUACACUGGGCCGACAACCGACUACUCCUAUGGAAGCCCUGAAGGUUACUACAUGUACAUCGAGUGCAGCCCUCCCAGGCCCAACGACAUCGCAAGGCUGAUCAGCCCGCCGUUUGUUCCCGACCAAAGCACAAAAGACGCCUGCUGGUACUUCUACUAUCACAUGUACGGUGCCGACAUGGGCACUCUCAAAGUCUUGCUGCGUGACGUCAAUCUCCAGGAAACGGCCAUCUUCACAGCGUCCGGGGAUAACUACGGCGACCAGUGGCUUCAAGGGAUGGCAACGGUCUCCAGCCAAACUGUCUACGAGAUCAUAUUCGAGGCCACCGCCGGUUCCAGCUACCAGAGCGACAUCGCCAUCGACCACGUCAGCUACAAGCCCGGCAUCUGCCCAGAGAAGGGCACCUGCGACUUUGAAGACAACACCUGCACCUGGCGCAACGGCCAGGACGACGUCUUUGAUUGGGUGCGCCUCGGCAAGAGGACCGGGAGCUUCUACACGGGACCGGACGUCGAUCACACCUGCGGGUCGUCGUGCGCCCCUAACAAAGGUUUCUUCCUGUACAUUGAGACUAGUUCUCCCCGCGUCGCCGGCGACUAUGCCUACCUGGAGAGUGAGGUCUUCCCCAUGUCACCAGCGACCGGAUCCUGCAUGUCCUUCUGGUACCACAUGUUCGGCGCGGACAUCGGCGAGAUGCUGAUCUUCGGCCGCGGCUCUGGGGCAAACUCCCUGCUGGAAGACUCGCUCUGGUACCUGCAGAAAGAGCAGAGCAUCAACGAGACGGACUGGAAGUUUGGCCAGAUCGGAGUGUACUUCAACUACCCCUACCAGAUCGUGUUUGAAGGCGUCGUGGGGACAAGUUACCGUGGCGACAUCGCCAUCGACGACAUCACUUUCACGCACAACGGAUUCUGUCUAUUCCAGCCGCAGACCGCCGACCCAGCCAACCUGGCUCGUAACAUCUCCUGUGACUUUGAGCAGAACACCUGCCGAUGGGUGCAGGACAAGACGGACGACCUGACCUGGGUACGCCACACGGGACCCACGUUCGGAUGGGACACGGGGCCCUCCGCGGACCACACCACGGGACAAGGAUAUUUUCUGUACAUGGACCCAUUAAGCGGCAGCUUCACCUCGGGCCAAAUUGGCCGCAUUUCGUCCCGCUCCAUCAACCCGACCCAGCUGACCGGCAGCUGCCUGACCUGGUGGUACCACAUGGCCGGCCGGGACAUGGGCUCCAUGAACAUGUACCUCAAUGACGUGACCGCGCAGACCUCCAUCAAGCUCUGGUCCCGGACUGGCGACCAGUCCGGCGACUGGCUCAUGUUCCAGAGGACCAUCAAGAGCCCAACUAAGUUCACGAUCACAUUUGAAGGAGUCCUAGGAUCGUUCUGGGCGAGCGACAUGGCCAUCGACGACAUCUCCUUUGACGAAGGAUCAUGCCCACCGACAAAAUGGUGCGAUUUUGAGGUGGAUAUGUGCGACUGGGUGCAGGCUACCAGCGAUGCUUUUGAUUGGUCGUUGAAGCGGGGAGACGAGGUGCAUCCUCAGGGUGUGCCGCCCCUCACCGACAAGACCUUCGAAACCUCCACAGGUCACUUUGCCUACCUUAGCGAGUCGCCUCCCCAGAAAAUAGGUGACCAGGCCGUCAUGUACAACCCCCAUUACCCCGCCACCCCGCUAGGCGAAUGCAUGCACUUCUGGUAUCACAUGCACGGCGCGGGCGUGGGCUCACUGGCCGUGCACCAGUACAUGGGCGCGGUCGCCGACAAGAUGUGGGAGAGGACCGGGGAGCAGGACGACGUCUGGCAUCGCGCCACCGUCACGCUCUUGAGCCCUAACCCAUUUUUCCCAGCAUUUGUGGGAACCGUCGGUGACCCCAACGGCAGCGGUGACAUCGCCAUUGACGAGAUAGAUCGUAAAGACGGGGCUUGCCUGCCACCAGGCUACUGCGACUUCCAAGAAGACCUGUGCGGCUGGUACAACGAACGCACCGACGACCAGCUGGACUUUGAGCGUAGCAGCGGGGGCACUGCGAGCUACAACACCGGGCCGUCGUUUGACCACACUUACGGCAGUCAGAAUGGUUACUACAUGUUUUUGGAGACGUCCUACGCACCCAAGGGCUCGGAAGCCUGGCUGGUCAGCGAGCACUUCCCACAGUCCACCGGUGACUGCUUUACUCUCUGGUACCACAUGUUCGGAAAAGGUGUUGACAAAAUGCAGAUAGCUCAGAUGGAUCCCACGACGAAGACAAAAAUCAUCAAGGACACGGUGACCGGCGACCAGGGCGACUCCUGGCACGAGCUGCAGGUCAACAUGACUAGUCCCACGGCCAGCUACCAGAUCGUCAUCGUCGCGGUGGUCGGCAACAACUACACCAGCGAUAUCGCGGUGGACGACCUGCACUGGACCACCGACACUUGCGGAACACCAAAACUCCAGGACUGCGAUUUCGAGCUCAACCUGUGUGGUUACAGCCAGGCCACUGAUGAUGAUUUUGAUUGGACGAGAGCACAAGGUUCCACCGCAUCCGUCCAAACAGGGCCUCCGAAAGAUCACACACUGAACACAGAGCUAGGAUAUUACGUGUACAUCGAGGACAGCUACCAGACGUUCGGCGACGUGGCCCGCCUGGAAAGCCCCUUUGUGGACGCCACCCACCUCUCCUGCGUCAGCUUCUACUAUCACAUGUUCGGCUCGGACAUCCAGACGCUCAACGUCUACGUCCGUCCCCAGGGCGGGGUGUUGGCCUCUCCUCUGUGGACGCGCUCGGGGACCCGGGACGACAAGUGGUACCUGGGCCAGUUUGAGGCGGCGUACUCGUCCAAGUAUCAGAUUGUCUAUGAAGGCGUUGCCAGCUACUACUACCAAGGAGAUAUCGCCCUCGAUGACCUCAGCAUAGCGGACGGUAACUGCAAAGGAACCACUCAGUGCACGUUUGAGGAUGCCAAUCAGUGCAACUACGCACCAGAGACUGCGGACUUUAACUGGGUCGUCUUGCAUGGACCGACCCCUUCCAAGAACACGGGACCGUCGGUCGACGUAACCUACGGAACCAGCACCGGGCAAUACCUGUACGCCGAGGCGACCUCGCAAUCGGUCAAUGACAAGGCGGUCGUACUGACCCCCAACUACAGCCCGGGCAGUGGAGUGACCGACACCUGCUGGACGUUCUACUAUCACAUGUACGGGGCCGACAUGGGCCAACUGUCUGUCGGGGUGAACGGUCAGUCGUCCCUCUGGUCUGAGUCUGGUGACCUGGGCGACACGUGGUACUACGCCUUGGUCAAUGUCAAGCGCUCCACCUCCUACCAGAUGAGGUUUGAGGCGAUGGUCGGCGGCGACCUGUCGGACAUCGCCAUCGACGACAUCGAUCACUUCCCGCGGGAAUGCCAGCUGGGAGGCAAUUGUGACUUUGAGGACAACAUGUGCGAGUGGCGUCACUCUCCCGACGGUAACAUCCAGUGGCUGCGAUCGAACGGUGGCACCACCAGCUACUUCACCGGUCCCGAUGUGGACCACACCAAGGGAUCCAAGGAUGGCUACUACGUGUACCUUGAGACCAGCUCGCCGCAUAGUGCCGGAGACCACGCGGUCAUGACCAGCGGCGUCUACAAGCCCCCGACAUCGGGCACGGUCACCAAAUGCCUCAACUUCUGGUACCACAUGUUUGGAAGCCAGAUCGGAGAACUGACAAUCUACAAGCUGGAAGAUCUGGGCGGCAGCAAGACCAAGACCAUUAUGUGGAGCCUCUUCAACCAGCAGAGUGUGGACGAAAAAGACUGGAAGAAUGGAGCCAUUUCUUUCACGAGUGACAAAAAUUUCGAGAUUUAUAUCGACGGUGUUGUUGGUGCUGGUUACCAAGGGGACAUAGCUUUGGAUGACUUCGCCGUGACAGACACAGCUUGUCCAAUCCAACCGGCUGCGGCAAAGCCCGACUUAUCCUUUGACUGCAACUUUGACAAAGGACCUUGCGGCUGGAGGCAGGACGGCAACGACGAUUUUGAUUGGCUGCGCUACAUCGGCAGCACUCCGUCAACUGACACCGGUCCCGCGGCCGAUCACACCACUGGAUCAGGCUUCUACAUGUACACGGAGACGUCUUCCCCGCGCCAAUCCGGCGACGUGGCCUUACUGGUGUCGCCGGUCACCAAGGGGGACGGCAGCGAUCUGUGCUUUUCAUUCUGGUAUCUCAUGUUCGGCAGCGACAUGGGGACGCUGGAAGUAAUUUUACGUACGACAAACGAUCAAGCGAUUUGGAGAAAGAAAUAUGACCAAGGCAACCAGUGGCUACAAUCCCAUCGCAACAUCGGCGCCUCCACAGACUUCCAGGUUGUUCUCAAAGGCAUCCGCGGGACCAGUUACCAGAGCGACAUCGCUAUUGACGACGUGCAGUUGCAAACGGGAAAAUGCCCGCCCGAGAGGUACUGUGACUUUGAUUUCGACCUGUGCAGUUGGACCCAGUCGGCCGCAGACCAGAUGGACUGGAUCCGGGACAUGCCCGUCAACGUGCCCAUCAACACUCAGGCACCGAGCACGGAUCACUCAUCCGGAACCAGUCUAGGCUACUUCCUGUACGUCGACGUCGACCAAGCGAACACGGCCACGGACAAAGCGGUCCUGAGCAGCCCGUCCUACCCGGCCACCGCGACCGGCGACUGUGUCCAGUUCUGGUACUACCUGAGCGGGACCAGCGACGGAACCAUUCAGAUGGUGCAGGAGAACGUGGGGAUGGUGUGGAGCAAGACCGGGGAGCAAGGCGACUUCUGGAGGCUGGGCUACGCCACUGUCAUAUCGGCCACCACACAGAUAAAGGUUUCCCUGGAGGCCAUUCCGGGAACUUCCGGAGCCGGCAUUAUGUCCAUUGAUGACCUGGAAGUCAUGCAGAAGGCCUGCCCGGCACCAGGAAGCUGCGAUUUUGAGGACGGUCUGUGCAGCUGGGUCAACGGCAAAAACGACAAUUUUGAUUGGACGAGGACCGACGGGGAGACACCGAGUCACACCACGGGCCCGAAAUUCGACCACACCACUGGGACCGAUAAAGGAUUCUACCUGUUUAUCGAGUCGUCCUAUUACUACAAGGACGACAAAGCCAACCUGAACAGCGAGCACUUCGAUGCCACCAACAAAGCCUGCUUCCAGUUCUGGUACCACAUGCUGGGACAGGGCAUUGGCGAGCUGGUCGUGUACGUCCACGACGCCGUCGCGGACGUCGCCACAGAGGUGCUGUCCAUCAGCGGUAACCAAGGCGACGAGUGGCACACGGCCCAGGUGGACGUCUCCAGCUCGAAGGUCUUCUAUCUGAUCCUGAGCGGGGUCAUAGGUCACAACUACACCAGCGACGUGGCCAUCGACGACCUGAACUACAUCCCGGGAGAACAGUGCAUCCGCAACCAUCUGAACUGCACGUUCGAGACGGACAUCUGCAGUUACAUCCAGAUCCCGUCGCCGGACGACGAUUUUGAUUGGUCGAGGCGAUCGGGCAAGACUUCGAGUCUGAACACCGGGCCGGGCUACGACCACACCUACGGGGAUCAGAACGGUUACUACAUGUACCUGGAAACGUCGCCCUCUAGCAUCGGCACGGGCCACAAGGCCCAGUUCGCGUCGGCCGUCAACGAACCCACGUCCAACACCGGCGGCCAGAUGUGCCUGACCUGGUGGUACCACAUGUACGGCCUGUCCAUCAACCGUCUCAACGUCUACAUACGCCAGCGGGGGCAGGAUACCAGGAUCUGGACCCGCUACCAGACGCAGGGCAACCAGUGGCUCAAGGCCAUAUACACGGUCACCUCCGAGAAAUCCUGGCAGGUCAUAUGGGAAGGCAUAGCAGGCAGUUCGUACACCGGCGACAUCGCCCUGGACGACAUCUUGAUCUAUUACGGCCAAUGCCCACCAACAAGGGACUGUGAAUUUGAAACUGGUAUGUGUUCCUGGACUCAGGAUCCCAACGACGACUUUGAUUGGCUGUGGUCGAGCGGGGACCAACCCCACGGUACCCAGCCACCAAUUGACCACACAACGGAGACCGCUGCAGGAAAAUAUGCCCUGGUCACCAUGGCGAAGCCCCUGACAACGGGAGACAAGGGACGUCUGCUCAGUCCCAAGUACGAGGACACGCGGGGCGAGUGCGUGCGCUUCUGGUACCACAUGUUCGGCAAUAGCGUUGGAACGCUGCGCAUCAUGGCGCGCGACCUGCAGACCAACUUGGACGGCCCCGUAGCCUGGGACCAAAGCGGUCAUCAGGAGAACAAGUGGCGGUUUGCGCAGGCUACAGUCUCUGCCGGCCAUCCCUACAAGGUCGUCUUUGAAGCCGAGGUCGGCUCAAACGCCAACGCCGAUAUCGCCAUCGACGACGUGGACAUCGUCGACGGGAAAUGCUCUCGCCAAGGUUACUGUGACUUUGAGGACGACCUGUGCGGCUGGAGUAACGAGGACUCACUGGAUUCACUGGACUGGCUGCGAUCAAAGGGUAGCACUCCGAGCUCCUACACUGGGCCGUCUGUGGACCACACGACCAACUCUAUAUACGACAUUGACAAUGACUGGCUGCGAUCAAAGGGUAGCACUCCGAGCUCCUACACUGGGCCGUCUAAUGGCAACGACAUGGACAUUGAUGACAUUGACAAUGACAAUAACGACAUUCACAAUGACUGGCUGCGAUCAAAGGGUAGCACCCCAAGCUCCUACACUGGGCCGUCUGUGGACCACACAACCAACUCUAUAUACGGUUUCUAUGUCUUUGUGGAGAUGUCUGGUGCACCCAUCAACAGCAAAGCCUGGUUAGUCAGUGAAUACCUGAAGGCCACCCAGGGAGCGUGCCUGAUCUUCUGGUAUCACAAGAAAGGCGCUCACUCUGGUGAAUUGAAUGUGCAUUAUCUGGACGAUGCCGGCUUCACUACCCAGCAGAUGACCAUCACCGGUGACCAGGGUGACCAGUGGCUGCAGGGACAGCAUGAUAUGUCCAGCGACAACGACUUCAGGGUUGUCUUUGAGGCAGUGUGCAACGGCUGGCAGGGUGACAUUGCCCUGGACGACGUGGACAUAGAACCAGUUUCCUGCUUUGCCGGUCUACCGUCACCUUCCACCCCAGCACCAUUGAUGGAUUGCACCUUUGAGACCGAUAUCUGCGGCUAUGUUCAGAUGAAGGACGACAACUUGGAUUGGACGAGGCAUAUUGGUUCCACCGGUAGUACGUACACGGGACCGUCCCACGACCACACCACGGGCACAGGAUACUACAUCUACCUGGAGGCGUCCUUCCCGCAGACCCAAGGCGACAAAGCCCGCAUCAACACCCCGGGCCAGAACCCGACCACGGGACGCUGCCUGCAGUUCUGGUACCACAUGUACGGCCCCCACGUGGACCGGCUGAACGUCUACCUGCGCGACGACCAGCAGAAGGACCAGCUGAUGUUCACCAAGUACGGCACGCAAGGGAACCAGUGGCUCCGGGGACAGAAGGAGAUCAAGGCGGACACGCUGUGGUCGGUGGUGUUUGAGGCAGUAGUGGGAUCGUCUUAUUGGGGGGACAUAGCUAUUGACGACGUCUCUCUGGACACGAAACCCUGCGUGGACUCGAGUGUCUGCGAUUUUGAGAUUGAUCUCUGCGGCUGGGCCCACGACUCCACGGCCGACUACGAGUGGCAGCGCGACUUUGGUGGCACGCCCUCGUCAGGCACCGGUCCGACGCGCGAUCACUCCACGGGAACCAGCACUGGUUACUACGUCUACCUGGAGACGUCCCUCCCCAAGCAGCCAGGCGAUACGGCCCGCCUCCUCAGCCCGGUCUUUGACGACACGUAUGGCGAGUGUCUUCACAUGUGGUACCACAUGUACGGCAGCGACAUCGGCCAGUUUAACGUCUACGGCUUGGACACCGUCACCAACGUCAAGACGAGCGUGAUGUCUCUCUCCGGCAACCAAGGCGACGAGUGGCGUUUCACCCAACUCACUUUCAGUGCUUCCCACGACUAUCGGAUCAUCGUGGAAGGGGUCCGGGGCAAGAACUGGCAGGGCGACAUCGCCAUCGACGACAUCCUGCUGACCACGGGAGCCUGUCCUCGCGCCGGAUUCUGUGACUUUGAGCGCGAUUUGUGCGGAUGGACCAACGCCGACUCGGGCGACCAGUGGGACUGGCUCCGGACCAAAGGAGCAACACUGAGCCUGUACACGGGUCCGACCACAGACCACACCACCAACUCUGACAGCGGCUUCUACAUUUACUUUGAGACGUCCUUCUCCGGGAUGAAGAACAACGACAAGGCCGUCCUGAAGAGUCAGCACAUGCCGAUCGUCUCGACGGGUUCCUGCUUCUCACUGUGGUAUCACAUGUAUGGCAACGGUAUCGGCACCUUGACGGUUUACACCGACGACAACAAGAAUUCCCAGCAAUCCGUGUGGUCGCUGAGCGGCAACCAGGGCAACGUCUGGCAGUUCAAGCAAAUCCAGCUGCCUGCCGAUGUGGAGUACCAGGUGUUAUUGGAAGCCACAUACAAAAACAGCUGGCAAGGGGACAUAGCUCUUGACGACAUUGAUAUCGAAUCGACGCCGUGCAUCUUUGCCCCGACACUGCCGCCCACUACGCCCGGACCACCCACUCACGCACCCAGCCAGUACGAUUGCAACUUUGAGAACGACUGGUGCACGUGGCAGCACGCCACCACAGGAGAUUUCAGGUGGACGCGGAGACAAGGAUCAACGUCGUCACAGGGAACCGGGCCAGAGUUUGACCACACCACCAGCACAGCGAGCGGCUACUACGUCUACAUCGAAGCCACGGGCCAGACCACCGGCGCCAAGGCCCACAUGAUGUCCCCGGACAUGGUCUCGGCGAAUCUGGGCAAGUGCGUGCGCUUCUGGCACCACAUGUUCGGCCCCAACAUCGACUCGCUGAACGUGCUGCGGCGCGAGAACAAAGUGGACACAGUGGAGUGGACGCGCAAGGGCGACCAGGGGCCGGAGUGGAAGCAGGGUCAGGUCUUCAUCAGCGGAAACUUCGCCGUCAUAUUUGAAGGUGUGCGUGGCAACUCCUACAGGGGCGACAUUGCUCUGGACGACCUCGAGGUCUACAAUGGCGCCUGCCCUGUCAUGAUGACUUGUGAUUUUGAGCACGGCGAUUGCGGCUUCGCCCAGGACAAAACGGACGACUUUGAUUGGACGAUGGGAACCGGCGCCACGGCGACACCGGGUACGGGACCGCCGAAUGACCACACCUACCAGAGCGCCCAAGGCCACUACAUGUUCAUCGACGUGACCGGCAAGCAGUACGGCGAUGUAGCGCGCAUCCGCUCCCCGGAGUACCCGGCCACCUUCGGCACGUGCAUGAAGUUCUGGUACUACAUGGUCGGCGUGAACGUCAACGCGCUGAAAAUCUACGUGGAGGUCCAGGGGAACAAGGGCAACGUGGUCUGGGGCCGUUACUCCAACGCCUUCGCCUACUGGAUGGUCGGCGAAGUAUCUGUCCAGUCGGCCUAUCCCUACCGGAUCAUCUACGAAGGCCUCGCCGGUUCCGGUCCCCAAGGCGACAUCGCCAUCGACGACAUUGACAUGACGGGAACCCAGUGCAACCGGCCCGGCAGCUGCGACUUCGAGGACGACUACUGCCUGUACACCAACCUGGACAUCGACGACAUGGACUGGAUUCGCAACAAGGGCGACACGGCCAGCUUCAACACGGGCCCCGACGUCGACCACACCCUCGGCACCCAGUACGGGUACUACAUGUACAUCGAGACCUCUAGUCCCUCCAUAAAGGAUGAUUUUGCCUAUCUGCAAUCGGAGACGUUGCCGCGUGAGGACAUGUGUCUCAGCUUCUGGUACCACAUGAAGGGAAAUCAUAUAGGCACACUGAAUGUCUGGCAACAGACCAACAUCCUGCAUCCAGACUACUGGACAAAGCUAUGGAGCGAGACCAACGAACAGGGAUCGAGCUGGCUGCAUACUUUGGUGGACGCGCCCCAACCAUCCACCGUCUACGAGAUUGUCUUCCAAGCCAUCAAGGGCUCCAGUUACCAAGGCGACAUCGCCAUCGACGACGUCCAGAUGUACAAGGGGCUGUGCACGCCCCCCACGCAGGCCCCGCCCUGCCAGUUCACGUGCGCCAACGGCAAGUGCCUGACGGACAAGAAGCAGAUUUGCAACUUUGUCGACGAUUGCGGGGAUAACUCAGAGGAGGCUAAUUGUGGAACUUGCCAGUUUGAGAGCGGGGCCUGUGGCUGGUCCGACACCAGUAUUGGAUCCUACAAGUGGGAGAUCGGCACCGGGGCCACACCCUCCGCCAACACCGGCCCCUCCACGGACCACACCUUUAACACUGCCGCAGGUCACUACAUGUUUGUGAACGCCAACUCCGGGUCCAGCUUCAGCCAGGCCAAUCUGGAGUCGCCGAUGAUGUACGACGCUUCCUCCACCUGUCUGAUGAGGUUCUGGUAUCACAUGUACGGCCAAGACAUGGGCUCACUUCAGGUUGAUCUCAUCACUGGUGUUACGCGGACCAUGCUGGUGUACUUGGACCAAGACCAAGGGGACCAGUGGAACCUCAUGCAGUACGGCAUCGGUCGAGUCUUCAACCCCUUCACAAUCGUCUUUGAGGCCACCAGAUCUUUCACUGUCCUUGGAGAUAUCGCUUUUGACGACAUCGCCUUCAUCGGUUGCGGUUUCCCGGCUCCAAUCUCGGGUAGCUGUGGCUCGGAUCAGAUGCAGUGCGGCCGCCUGAACUGCGUGGAUCAGAAUCGCGUCUGCGACUUGACAGACGACUGCGGGGAUCUGACAGACGAGGAUGUCACGACGUGCAGUGCCUACCACACCUGCGACUUUGAGGGCACCAUCUGCGACUGGACGCAGCUGGUGAACGACGAGUUGGACUGGCAAGCCCAGCAGGGACUGACCCGGACACCCUGGACUGGACCGAGUAGAGAUCACACCACUGGACUCUCCACGGGUACCUACCUCUACCUGGAGACCACCGGCGCUUCCAAGGGCGACCGUGCCUUCCUGGCCAGCUACUACAUCCAAUCCGUCACCACCACCGACUGCAAGAUCAGGUUCUACUACCACAUGUACGGCAUCGACACGGGCUCGCUGAGCGUCUACUUCUGGGACCAGACCAACGGCCCUCUCACGUACAUCUGGGGCGUGUCGGGGGAGCAAGGCGACUUCUACGAGCGGGCCGAGAUCAUCUUGGGCCACAAUACGAAUUUCCAGGUGCUGAUUGAAGCCACCGUGGGCGGCAUGUACGGCGACAUCGCCAUCGACGACAUCUCCUUCACCACGGCCUGCAAGCAGUUCACGGGCAACUUCCCGUCCGUCCCGCCGCCCACCAAGAUCCCCGUCCAGCCCACGGUCAACCCUUGCCAGCCGUCCCAGUUUGCCUGCGCCGACUCCACCUGCAUCGACGCGCUGCUGGUCUGCGACGGAAACGACGACUGCAGUGACAAAUCGGACGAGGCCAACUGCGGCAACUGUGAUUUUGAGACGGAUCAGUGCGGUUGGGCCGGGAUCACGUCAGGCCUGUACCAAUGGGAGCGCAGACAGGCCACAGAUACAUCCAAACCUCACGCGCCCAGCACCGACCAUGGUGGAACUGGGUGGUACAUGUUCGUCGACAGCACGACCGGGACGUUUCUGACGACCGCCAUCUUGCAGAGUCCCAUGCUUGGAAGUCGUGGCUCAAAAUGUGAAAUGAACUUCUGGUACCACUUCCAAGGCGGGACCGACCCGGGUGCCCUGGUCGUCUCCGUUUACCAAAACAAUCUUCCGGACUCGACGACGGUCGUCAAAUCGGUCUCGGCCGACCAGUGGAAGGCCGGCAAGCUCAAGGUCGGCCCACGGGCCGCCAACUCCUACACGAUUCGAUUUGAGGCCUCGCCAGGUUCCAGUUUCCUGGAUCCUUCUCAGCUCACCAACAUUGCCAUCGACGACAUCACGUUUGACCUGUGUGGCACUGACUCGGAUUUGAAUUGCGACUUUGAAUCCGGCACAGUCUGUGGCUGGGGGCAGGUCGCGACGGACGACUUCGAUUGGACGGUGAAGUCCGGCAACACCGGUUCCACCAACACCGGCCCGCAGUUUGACCACACGCUGGGCACCGUCCAAGGCAGUUAUGUCUACAUUGAAGCGUCUUCUCCGAGGCAACAGGGUGACAAGGCCCGUCUGACCUCGGGCAGCAUGGCCCCCAGCACCGAGUACUGCCUGGAGUUCUGGUACCACAUGUUCGGCCCCGACAUCGACACCCUGAACAUCUGGCUCAAGACUGACACUGGGUUGGAGACGAACGUGUACCGGAAGUCUGGCACUCAGUCCAAUGUCUGGCAUCUCGCCCGUGACUAUGUGACAAGCAGCCAGACGUACGAAAUCAUCUUUGAGGCUAUUGUGGGCAAGUCCUGGGGCGGUGACAUCUCCUUGGAUGACAUCAAGCUAAGACCCGGCCAGUGUCCUGCGUCUCAUGAGUGCGAGUUUGAGCAGGACAUGUGCUCCUGGACCAAUGAUCAGACGGACAAUUUUGACUGGCAGAGAGGCGUUUACGGCGACGAGAACUCGGGAACCGGCCCCCAGACCGAUCACACCUUGGGAUCAAUUUUGGGUCACUUCAUGUACGCCAACAUCCUUGUCCCGGCGUCCGUGCCAACCAACGCCAAGGCCCGCCUUCUCAGCGGCGUCUACCAGCCCGGCAGCGACCGCUGCCUGAUUUUCUGGUACCAGAUGGUCGGCGACAACGCCGGUACGAUGACCGUCUACCGGAAGGAGGUGCAAGAUAACUACGCCAAGACGCUGUGGACCAAGAGCGGCGACCAAGGCGACCACUGGAGGGUCCAGAAAGCCACCAUUUCGUCCGUCGGCUCCAAAGAUUUCAGGGUCGUCUUUGAAGCCACCUCGGCCUCAGCUACGUCCGGUUUCAUGGCCCUUGAUGAUGUGGAUGUUGUCGACGGAGCGUGCCAGCCGGAAGGCUUCUGCGACUUUGAGAUCGACUACUGUACCUGGACAAACUACAGAGGCACAGAGGAUGAUUUUGAUUGGCUGCGUAGCGCCGGGGGCACACCAAGCUACCAGACCGGACCGUCGACUGACCACACCACGGGCACCGGGAGAGGAUUCUACGUCUAUUUGGAGACGUCCUCACCCCGUGUCAGCGGGGACAAAGCCUGGCUGGUCAGCGAGCACAUCGACGCGACGGCCGGCCGCUGCCUGUCCUUCUACUACCACAUGUACGGUGGGACGGUCAGCACUCUGAACCUGUACAGCCAGACCUCCCACGCCACGGGCAGCCCCAUGUCAGUCUGGACCAUGAACGGGAACCAGGGGAACGUCUGGCGCUACGGACAGGCCUCGUUGUUUUCCGUUGAUGAAUUCUGGGUCAUUUUUGAAGGCGUUGUCGGCCAGAGCUAUUCGGGUGACAUCGCUAUAGAUGACAUCGAACUCUCGAUGGGACCCUGCCCGGCAACCUUGCCCCCUCCCACCACCCCGGCCCCUCCCCCAGUCUAUCCUCCCAACUCCCACGACUGCGACUUCGAGAACGGAUGGUGCACGUGGACCCAGCUGUCCUCUCCUGACGAUGAGUUUGACUGGAGACGCGAGACCGGCACCACGGGCAGUGUGAUGACCGGACCGACCGCCGACCACACACUGGGAGAUGCCUCAGGCUACUACAUCUACAUCGAGGUCAGCGGGCAGACCCAAGACAACAAGGCCCGGCUGGCCUCCAACUACUUCAAGGAGACGAACAACAACACCCACUGCAUGGAGUUCUGGUAUCACAUGUACGGCGCUCACGUGGACCAGCUGACCAUCUACACCCAGACCUACCCGGACAACAAGGAGACGGCCGUCUGGCAGAAGAUGGGCUCCUUCGGGAACCAGUGGAACCAGGGCAUGAUCCACUUCCUGGAGACCACACAGUACAAGGUUAUCCUGGAAGGCACAGCCGGUCCUAGUUACCAGGGUGACAUCUCCCUGGAUGAUCUCAAGUUCCACGCAGGAGCCUGCCCGCCAGGAGAGCUCUGCGACUUUGAAAACGGCCUCUGCGGCUACGAACAGGACUCGACGGACGAUUUUGAUUGGACGCUGCACCAGGGCCACACCCCCAGCUUUGGCACCGGGCCGUCCAGCGACCACACCUAUGGAACACUCACAGGGCACUACAUGUAUGCCGAGAUGUCCAACCCUCAGCAGGUUGGGGACAUCGCACGGAUGGACAGCCCCAAGUAUUCCUCGACGCCCGGCCAGUGCUUACAGUUCUGGUACUACAACUACGGAAACAACAUCGGCACCCUGAACGUCUACAAGAAGACCUACGGCAACUACGAGAACAUCUUCUCGCGGGACUAUGACAACUGGGCCGAGUGGCACGUGGCCGAGAUCACGCUGGUGUCCAUUUCCAGUUUCCAGGUUGUCUUCGAGGCGAUCCGUGGUCAGAGCUGGCAAGGCGACAUCGCCGUGGACGACAUCCGCAUCCGCGACGGCGCCUGCCAGCCGUACGGCAACUGCAACUUUGAGUCGGGAGACAUGUGCACGUGGAAGAACGCCGAAUUCAACCAGGACGGCUUCGAUUGGGUCCGACAGAAGGGGGCCACGCUUUCUUCGCAGACGGGCCCGUCUGUUGACCACACGUUCGGAAGUCCGUACGGCACCUACGUCUACAUCGAGACCUCCUUACCCCGCCAAGAGGGUGACACCGCCAACCUUCUAUCGGGCUUCUUCCAACCCGCCGACUACUGCAUCGACUUCUGGUACCAUAUGUACGGGGACGACAUGGGCACCAUGAACAUCAACAUCUGGCCCUCGCAGAACAUCUUCACGGCCACCGGCAACUUGGAGGACCUUUGGCGCCAUGCCGUGAAGGACUUUUCGCCCGACUACCCGCAGGCCUUUGAGCUCGUGAUACAAGGCAUCGUGGGUACGUCGCACCUUGGCGACAUGGCGGUGGACGACAUUGUGAUCACCAACGGCAAGUGCCCAGCUGUGAUACCCGCGUGCUACAAGGUCUGCCAGGAUGAUUCCAGCAAGUGUGCCUCCAAAGAUCAGCUGUGCGACUUCGUCAACUACUGCAAUGACGGAACCGACGAACAAAAUUGCGGGACACAAUGCUCAUUUGAAAAUGACGAAUGCAACUGGAUCAAGUACAACUCGUCCGCGUUCACGUGGAAACGGCACAGUGGCAAGUCUCCAGCCGAUAACACGGGACCGACGUACGACCACACCACGCUCUCUGAGUCAGGUUACUACUUGUACUGCGCGGCCAGCUCCAACACGGGAACGGGCUGGGCCGUGUUCUACAGCCCGCUGCAGCACAACGCGGCCGCCAGCUGCGAGCUGCAGUUCUGGUACCACAUGCAGGGCGAGGGCAUCGGGCAGCUGUCGGUGCUGCUUCACGAGGAGACCAUCAGCCUGGAAAUCCUACGCCUCGAGGGCGACCAGGGCGGCCAGUGGAAGAAGGGCAUCGCGCCGCUGGGCCGCAUCCCUGGUACCUUUGACGUGGAUUUUGACGCCUACCGGAGCUUCGAUACGGAAGGGGACAUCGCCAUCGACGACAUCCUCCUCAGCGGCUGUCAAGUUCCUCAACCUGUGGCCGGUGAUUGUCGCGACACGGAGUUCAAAUGUGCCAGCAAGGCAUGCGUCGACAAUAGCCGGGUCUGCGACUUCAGCGACGAUUGCGGUGAUAUGUCCGAGGAAUGGGUCAAAUUCUGUGACGAACAAAAGUAUGACCGGUGCGACUUUGAAGACAACUUUUGCGACUGGAAGCGCGUUGACCACAGUGCCUUCAACUGGACCAGGGCCCAAGGAUCCACCGAGGAUGCAUGGGGAACCGGCCCACUCAGAGAUCACUCCACAAACACCUACCUAGGAAGCUUUAUCCACAUUGAUUCCAGCUCUGCCAAUUACAAAGACCGAGCACGCUUGGCGUGGCCACCACUUCAGGCCAUACAGUCUGGGGACGACUGCCAGCUUCGUCUCUGGUUCUACAUGUACGGCACAGACCUGGGAACCGUCAAGAUCAAGACGUGGACACAGACGUUCGGAGUGGAGACCACCCUGUACUCCCGCACCGGUCACUCUGGGGACUUCUGGGAGCGGGUGGACAUCAAGUUUGACUCAGACAAACCGUUCCAGGUGAUAUUGGAAGGCGUAAACGGAGAUGGUCCAUUAGGGGAUAUAGCUGUGGACGACACGUCAUUCACUCCAGACUGCAAGCGCUACACAGAUGAUUUCGAUUCCGUUCCUUGGACCCCCACCGUCAGUCCCUGCGGCGAGGGCAAAUGGCAGUGCUACUCCUCCAGUGACCAAGUCUGCAUCGACAUCACCCAGAAAUGCGACUGGGUCAUGGACUGCCCCAACGGCGAAGACGAGAAGAACUGUGGUCCGUGCGAUUUUGAAGACCGGAAAAUGUGCGGCUACACGGAUGUCAGUUCUGGACAGUAUGCCUGGCACCGACACAAACCGUACUCACAGGAGAUUCCAACUCAAGACCACACCACAGGAUCAGGCUACACCUUGAGGGCCGAGUACAGCUUUGGUCUGUUCGACACACCGGCCAUCGUGGAGAGUCCCCUUCUGGAACCCUGCAGCGUUCUCUGCACCAUGAAGUUCUGGUUUGUCUACUAUGCGCCGACCCAGACUAAGUUUAUUGUCCGUAUACUGGAUGCCGCUGAUCCGAACGACAACGCUGACCUGUGGUCCCCAACGAGCGACGGAACGGUCAAGACCUGGGAGCAGGCCACACUGACCAUCGGCCGACGCAAGACCGCCUUUAAGUUGCAAAUCCUGGCGACCGUCAACGGUUCUAGCCAGGUCUCCAUCGACGACAUCACCUUUGAGAACUGCGAUCUGAACCAGACUUGGCCGUGCGAGGUUCACUGCGGCAACAACAUCUGCAUCCCCGAGGCCCGGAUGUGCGAUUACUCGGACGAUUGCGGCAACAGAUUCGACGAAGAUAACUGCGAUGACUACGUCGAGCGUUGUGACUUUGAGAACGGCAUGUGCAACUACAACCAAUCCGACACGGAUGACAUAGACUGGGUCUGGGACCAAGGAGGCAAAGUGGGAUUCUACGAUCAUACCACCAACACACUCGACGGGAGCUUCUUGUACCUCGAAAACACGACGGACGGCAUGCGUGCUGAUCUCAACAGCAAGGUCUUCCAAAUGCCACCCCUGGAUGGUUCCUGCAUGGUGCGAUUCUGGUACAAGAUGUACGGCAAGGGCGUCAACAAACUGGAGAUCAGCACUCGCUACUCCAUCAGCAAUAUCCCAGAAUCCAUCCUGAAGCUUGAAGGCAGCCAGAUCGAUGGCUGGCAACGAGCCGAGGCCAAAAUCACCAUCGGGGCCAGGUUCCAGCUUGUGAUUGAGGCUACCACGUCCAGCACCAUUCCGCCAGGCCAGAAUAUCGCCAUCGACGACAUUUCCUUCACUAAGGCCUGCCAAGUGGAUUCCGAUCAGACCCUGCCCGUCCACGUCGUACCAACAAGUCACCCAGCCUGUGGCACGGGCCAGUUCCGGUGCGACAACGGGAAUUGUAUCGACCAAGCCCUAGUCUGCGACUUCAAGUCUGACUGUUUGGACGGCUCCGACGAAAAAACGUGCCCCUCCAAGUGCACCUUUGAGGAUGAGACUAUUUGCGGGUGGCGACAAACCGGCGAUUUUGACCUGUCCAUGCGCUCCGGCAAAACAUCCGACGACUUCAAAGGUCCCGCCAAUGACUUCACGGGAAACAGCGCUACGGCCCCCGGCGUCUACAUGUACACCACCGGUGCCGAUUCCCAGAACACUUAUAAGGGCCAACUGGAAUCACAUAACUUCCACAAGCCGGGUACCAGCUGCAGCUUCAGCCUGUACUACUACCUGUUCGGCGGCGCGUUCGGCGACAUCACCAUUACCUAUUCGGUGGCCGGCCAGCCGCUUGUGUUGGCCCGGAUGUCAGAUAACGCCGGCCCUUACAACAAGUGGGAUAACCUUGUGGCGACGGUGCCUAGCUGCACCGACACAUUCACGAUCCUGGUGGAAGUCCAAAACAAGAACGCGAUUCCCACUGCAGGAAUCGCCCUGGAUGACCUGCGAUUUAUCAACUGCGCUUACGAGGUCCCCAAGACCUGCCCGGACUUGAAGCAGUGCAAGUCAGGCCACUGCUACUCGCCGUCCGGUGAUUGCGACUUUCAGAAGGACUGCUGCGACAACACGGACGAGGCAGCAUUCACUUGCGGAGAUUACGAUAAUAAUGGACUACGCUGCAACUUUGACCAGGGCCCCUGCAAAUGGACUCAAGUGACGGGAGCGACUACGUUCGAAUGGAAGUCUACCAAGGGCGCAAUCCCAUCCAGUAGAACUGGCCCAACUGGGGAUCACACCACUGGGUCGGGUUCCUACAUGUACGCCGCCUCAGCCUCUGGCAACUACGGCAAGACGGCAAACCUAGUCAGCGGCAAAUACGUCAUACCAGCUGAUAAGACUUGCACGAUCCGGUUCUUCUACUACAUGUUCGGCAACGACGUUCAAGACCUCAAGGUAUUGAAACGUGAAUACAAGGACAGCAACUUCCAAGCGGCCGUCGUGUGGUCUGCUUCGGGCAGCCAGGAGAACAAGUGGCUGCGAGCGGAAAAAGUUGUGAAUGGAGGCACCAGAGUCUUCCAGAUCAGCUUCCAAGCCAGCAUAGCCAACAAUCCCGAUGGCAACAGCCUUAACGGCAACAUUGCCGUCGACGAUGUUAGUUUUACCCUCGGCUGCUCGCCCUCCAACGACAAUCUGAUAACGGCCCCGGUCACCGGCACUCCGCCGGUAACCUGCACCGACCAGCAGUUCAAGUGCACAGCGGACGACCUGUGCAUUCCUGCAACGGACGAGUGCGACGGUCGGGAUCAGUGCACAGACGGGGAGGACGAAAUGGGCUGCCCCAACAUCACUACGACGGAAGGCCCCGAGAAUACUGCCGUUCCGCAGGGCGAGGUAUCAAAUGCUGCAAUCAUUGCCAUCAGCGUUGUCGGUGGCGUCCUUGUCAUCGUCCUCCUGGUUAUCAUCGGCUAUCUGUACAACAAACGAUUCCAGCAGACCAAACGUUUUGGCGGACUGAACACUGAGACAGGAUUAGAGAACCCAGCAUACGGGGCGGACAGCUUUGGCGAAACAGCUCUCACAGACUUUUCGGCCAGCGGUUAUGAUCCGGGCAUGUUUUCUGGGGAGGGGCCGUCAAAAAAGAGAGGAAAGAAGGAGGGCAAGAUUAGUUCCCUCGACAACCCCGUGUACGAAGCAUCCCCCGCCGUGUUGCCACUCGACGAAAAUGAUUGCUAAAUGAUUCCUCGAUUCAACUCCAGUUCAAUUUUUUUUGUACAACUGCACCAAAGAACAUGUAUAAACUGAAGCAGACGAUAUGGUUAGAAUAAGAUGAAAUUUUCAAAACAAAAUCAGUUGUUUUUCAAGUAAGUUAAGAAUUACAAUAAUUGUAUUGUGUCUUUGAAAAAAAAUAACAAUUUGUCCAUUUGCGUGCUUGACAACUUGAGAGUUUGGCACUUCCAUCAAAAAAAAUUUAAAAGUUUUGCAGAUGUGUAAUGUUCCUCUUUCUUUAUUGAAAUAUCAACCAUGGAUUAUUUUGUCAUUUUUAUGCAUUUGUUACUUUCUCGUGAAUGAUUUAACACUUGUAAACUGUUACAUAAAAAGCUAAAAAAAAAAAAACUUUUAAGUUAACUUUCUUCUUUUGUUUAUACUUAGUAGAAGAUAUAUAUUCAGAAAUUGCUGAUUAAGCAAUUACAUUGUUGAAAUAGAAUUACUAAAGCUUUUCUUGUGACAUUAUGCUAAGAAAUUUCAAAUUGAACACAAAAAUACCAUCUACGCUUAAAACACUUUUAAAACGUUGGCAGCAACUGUAAGUUUUUGGUUAAAUUCCAAAUAUGCUUACUUUAAAACUGCUUAUUAUUUACACUUAUAUAGCUUCGAGGCUGCAUUCUGCAUACAUUAAAAAGAUCAAAUUAACACCUUAAAUGAUUUUGCAAUAAAGUAUUUUACGCGAAACUUUGAGUUUGUUUUGAAGAGUGUUAUUAUACAAUUCAAUGCUAUCUUAAAAUGUUCAUAUUUGUAACUUUAAAAGAAUUGUGUUUCUGUAUCUUAAAAGUCUUCAGUACAACCGGCUGAAAUAAUUGUCAGUAUUAUUUUGUAUUAAUUAAAACUUAAUCUAAGCUUUGUACAUGCAGUAUAUUGUAUUUUAUCGUGUGAAGAAAAAUGCAAGAAAUUUUAUAUCAAUUUUGGUGUAUUUAAGAA